AUGGAAUGCUACGAGCUCGGACCUACUCCGCUGGCAAUCUUGUCUCUAGGCAAUCAACUUGACGCCUGCAACUUGGCUCUUCAAUGCGUGUAUGGCGCAGCUAUGAUGGAUCAUGAUGACAGAAGAUGGGUAUCCUCACGGCAACAGAAAGUCACGGAGGCCAUCGAGAAAAUGGACAACCUAAGAGUCAAGUAUUUGAACGAAGUGAAGCAACCCGAGGCGGCCAUAUACCAUUCUCAGGCGAUUCUUGAUUUAUUGAAGAAAAAUCGGGAGCAAGAUCGUGCACCGAGAUUUGGGGGCAUGCAUGUGCGCUUCGGCGGAGAAAACCGUGGUAUUCAAGCCGCUGAGUAUCAUGGAAACAUGGGAAGCUUUACCUUUUCUAUCUAG